UAAAACAUGUUUCGGUUGUUGCUAUGCGAAACAGGCAGCGUGCUCCAACGUUUACGCGUGCUCUAUCUGAAUACAACUGCGCGCGCGCGCUUUGCUGUUUCCACAUUUGAAAAUGUGCGCGAUGAACAAGUGUUAGUCUUUUAGCAAAGUGGAGACAUCUAACGUUUGCUGGAACUUUAUUGAAUUAUCUCACCUCAGCUAAAGUACCGGCGUGACAAGCGUACGAGUCGUCAAGAGCUGACACAAUGGCCACAAGGCGAUCGUGUAGGCUACUUAGUAAGAAAGACAUUACCCCAGCUUCGGGGCCGAAAUCAAGCAAUGAAGAUAUGGAUAUUGACAGCGAUGAAAAGUACGUAUCGAGUUGUUCUUCGUCAGAUGACGAAUACAAGCCCCCGAAAAAACAAGAUUCAACGGAUGAGUUUGAGGACGAUGUUCCGGCAAAGAAAAGUAAGCACAAAGAUAUUCAACCCACGCAUGUUUCAGAAAGUUCUGCCGAUGAGCCUUUCGAGCUCGAAUGUUUAGAAGUCGAUUUGUCUGAAGGUGGUACAUCAAGCGAUGAGUGCGACGAUAACGACGUCAAAGCUGACACCAAAAAAAAAAAGCAUCAAAAAGGUAACCGGACCCAAGAAGCAAUCCAUGCAGAAGAUUAAGAUUCCGAAACUGUCGCAGAUAAAAAGAGCUAAUAACGUGACUCUGAACGAUCACAUUUCCAGUAAGAAUAUUUCUGAAAGAAGGCUUCAGUUGGAAAGUUUACCUGGUUGCAGUAAGGUUCCCCUGUGUGAGUUGAAAAAGUACAACCUGGCUGACUCUGCCAAUCAAGGCAUUGCAGCGCUGUCAACUCAGGUGGAUAAAGUUACAAUGAAAGAACGUGUAGGUGAUGGCAAGUCUUCUGAAUCCUUAAAAGACGUUAUCAAUGCUAUGCUGCUUGAAAAUGAACCACAGGCCUCUUGCUCUUAUACUCUAAUUGAUGCACCAAAGUCGGGACAGCGUAAGUCUAAAAAAACUGCAAAGAAUUCAUUAGUAUCAUCUGCAAAACAGUCUGCUGCUCCUCAGGAUGGACGGUCUCCAGUCAAAACUAGAAGCAGCCAAUUUCAAGUCGUGAAGAGGGCCAAGUCCGUGGCAUCAUCUGUAAAAAGCGGAAAGAAGGCUGGCAAAACUAGCAACACAACAGAAACUGAAGCAAAAGUGGCAGCAAGGAAGUUGCCAGAGAAAAAAAAAAACAGCUCAUUAGAGGAAAGAAAACUGGUCCACAAAGAGCCAAGUUGGAGAACAAUGAGAGCUCGAGCGAAUCUGAUUGGGAAGAAGUUCCUGAAGGAGCAGACCUUGACAGCUAUGCACCUGUUGUUCCUGAAAGCGGAAUCACAAUUACACUAAAGGAGCCUGUAAUGACCGGAAAGCACAAAAAAGCCAAGUUCGAUCCAGUGGCAGAGAUGAGACGCCGUAUCAAUAGAGUGCACAAGGAAAUCCAUGUCCUGAAACACAAGGUACAUCUUCUAUGUCUCCUGGCACACGGGCUAAAGCUGAACAGCCUUAUCCUGGACCAAACCCUGCAGGCUGUUGCACUUUCGUUGCUUCCUUCUGAAUUCUUGGCAUACUCUGGCAAAACAGUCACACUUCUGGAUGUUGAGCGCAUGUCUAGACUGUUCACCAAAGUGUUUGUGUGCAAGCUUGGCACUCACACUGGCUUCCAUGCCCUACAUGAUGACCUUACAAUGGCACUAACAACCAAAAUCGGUCAAAAUGCGCGAGAUUAUGCACUUCUGUUUUUGGUCAUUGUAAGAUGCCUGCAGAUUGAAGCUCGUUUCUGCAUGUCCCUGUACCCUGUGCCUCUUGAUGCUGUGCAGCUGUUAAAGACUGACACAAAACCUGGAAUAAAAAGUGCUGAGCUCAAAGUGCCUCCCAAAAAGAAGGCUCAAAAGGUGCACAGUGAGCCUGAUGAAGUGGACAGUGACUUUGAAGUUGAAAAACCAAAGAAGGUGACAGGGAAGAAAAAGGUUAAUGACGCCUCAUCAAACAAAAAGUCUGGGAAGAAAGGAAAGACUGGUGAAGAAAAUGCUGAAAAAUGUGAACAAAGCAUAAGUGACUGUAUUGAGCACUGGAUUGAAAUAUUCACUCCAAAGGAUUCAAAGUGGAUCGCAGUUGAUGUAGUUCAUGGAUCAGUUGGCAGCAUAACUGAAAGAAAUAUUCGAGAACCUUUGUACUACAUUCUCAGCUUUGAUGACAACAACAAGGUUAAAGACAUUACAAAGAAAUAUGCCUCAGGUUGGUUAACCUCUGUGAAAAAGAAGAGGAUUGAUCCGAAAUGGUGGGAAGAGUCUUUAAAGCCUUUUAGGCCCACUGACAGUGAGCGAGAGCGUGUGGAAAAUACGCAAAUACAGUCAAAGCUUCAACGGCAGCCAAUGCCUGGAAGCAUUGCUGAGUUCAAGAACCAUCCUCUGUAUGCCCUAAAGCGUCACCUGCUCAAAUUUGAAGCCAUCUAUCCAUCAGAUGCCCCAACUCUUGGGUUUGUACGAGGAGAGCCUGUUUAUGCUAGGGAGUGCGUCCACACUCUGCGCUCGAGGGAAACGUGGCUUCGAGAAGCACGCAUGGUGCGUGUCAAGGAGCAGCCAUACAAAGUUGUCAAGGCCAGGCCAAAGUAUGACAAGCUCUCUGGGCAAAUACUUAAGGAGCAGCCCCUGGAGCUGUUUGGCCACUGGCAGACGGAGCCAUACAUGCCACCCAUUGCCUUCAAUGGCAAGGUGCCCCGUAACGAGUGGGGCAACGUGGAGCUCUUCAAAAGCUGCAUGCUCCCAGUCGGCACUGUACAUCUGAGAGCUCCUGGGCUGGCUCGUGUAGCUGCGAAGCUGAACAUCGAUUGCGUGCCUGCUGUCGUCGGCUUUGAAGGUCACUGCCGUGGCGUCCAUCCAGUGUUUGAUGGGUGGGUCGUGUGUGAAGAGUUCAAAGACACAUUGAUGGCUGCUUGGGAAGAAGAACAGGCUAACAUCAGCAACCGUGAAGAAGAGAAACGCAUGAAAAGAGUGUAUGGAAACUGGAAGAGGCUAAUCAAAGGAGUUCUCAUCAAGGAAAAGUUACGGAUGAAGUACAUGAAUGACGACUAAUAUAGUGUUCAGAAUUUUUGUUGUUGUUUGGCAGUCUUAUCUACCUCAGUAAUUUGUGCUUGUGUGUUUUGCUUUAUGCACUCAUUAACUGCUGCUACCACACCUGUGUAAAUUGUGUACAUAUCUAACUGCACUAUAAAUACUAGUUGGAGCUCCAUAUAGACGAGCAAUAUAUAAGUACAAUAAAGUCAUUGUUUCCAUGAGGUGUUUGUUACUCUAGUAGAGACAACAAAGCAAACCAUUUGUAGACAAUGCUACCGUGAACAUGCGAGCCAAAUAUUAUCACGUCAGGAAUAAUGGGGAACAUUAACAUUGUGUUUUUAUAUCUGCAUUAUUGUUGAGUCGUCUUCAAAGAUUUCUUUAGAAAUAGUACAUUCACUGAAAGGCAUCGCACUCACUCGUGUGUUCUUGGGUUCGAAGAAAAGGUGUUGCUAGCAGGGCCCCUUUAAACUUCAAAGGGUCACCAAACAGCAGCACUAACUGCUAGAGCUUUUUGUUUCAAAGCUGUUAGCAUUUAUCAGGCAGGAAGGGGUUAAUUACUGCCAGAGAAAAUGAAGACCAAGCUUCGUUUUCUUGAAUUUUGCACCCAAGCCACAGCGUUGCCACAAGAGUUAGUUAUGUCAUGGAUGUUAAAGGGCCCCUCACCAGGCCACAUAGCAAGUUUUGGUUAUACACUGGAAGAUGUUAUGCACCCUCUUGGAAGCGUUCUACCGCAAUAAAUUUUUCAAAUUGGUUAAUUAAUAGCCGAGAUACAAAUAUUUCAGUGCCCGAACCCAUGAAUUCAGGUGGCGAGUGCCACCGCUAACAAGGACACUCUCUCCACUUGCCCCGUCUAGCCUACGCAAGCGAAAUUCCUUCCCUGCGUUCUCCUAUACCGGAGCUCCCUCGGCGCUCCCAAACUGUGCAGCUGGCUAAGUCGGGAGCUGGGGGGUAGCUGCAAAACUGCAUUACGUUCACGCUUCGCGACAUCUCGAACUGUUACUAAUCACCAUCAAAUCGUUCUCGAACCACAAUAUGUCGCACACGCACAACUGAAUCCGAAAUGUCUGUCCAGAAAGUUCCUCUGAAAUUUCGUAUAUGCAUCCUUGUGCUCGUCCAAUUUACUGGCGUGGUACCUGCGUCGCUUCGCCGCAUUCUCCGCUUCGCAGCACCCGUCUUCCUGUUGAGUCCGCCGCUCACGGGCAUAUCAUGCACGGGAGCUAAAGUGAGGACCGCAAAACAGCGAGCCUAUUGAAUUCGUGUGUGAGCUUACAGAACGUAACGGAUUCAAGCUGAAUUUGCGUAACACAGCAUAAAGUGCCGGCGUUGUGCAGUCAAGGUCGCACUUCACAGCAUCGCGACGACGCACGAGGGGCGAAUGCGAAACGCUCCCGCGUCAUUAACCAUCAUGAAAUUUUAGUUAGACUGAAGCGCAACAGUAAGCAAGAGCCUGUAAACAGAUCUUCUGCAAGGUCGAUCCAAAUGGUCGCAAAGCUUCGGGCGAACAGUGGUUCAGAACGAGUUGACACCAACAUCAGCAAGGGUAGUGAUGGGAGCAGCGAUUGAAGCUUGACUAUGUUUGGAGGGAACAAACAUUGCGAAAGAAAAAGUUUUUUAAUUAACGCUAUACACAGUUGGAUUCAUUCAACGAAAAUAAAAUUCCUAAUCAAUUUUAUAUACACAUGGCGAGAAAAGAACAACUCUAUUUUACUUGAUCAUUAUCAAUAAAUAACUUUUUUCAGCGCCCACCGUAAGAGCACCCACCGAUAGCGGCGGG